AGCCCAGUUCAGUGAGCUCAUCCCGCCAGCAGAGCGCGUCCCUGCGCCUUGCACAGAAAGUGGAGCUGCCUCCUACCAGAGCACAAACCCACUCCCCGAUUUCCGUGAAACUGUGAAAAGGAAAAGCCCUCUUGGUUCUUUCAAACACUGCCAGAAAGCCUGUGCACCGAGAGCUUUCUUCAUCACCUACACUGCUCACAGGACUCUGCCAGGAUGCUGUGGAACAACCCUCAUAGCGGGCACAUAGUGGCAGGCUGUUUGUUGUUCCUCUCCUUCUGUCACAGUAAUUCUGCUGCUGGCACAUCAGGAAAAGGCUCACAGAGCCAAGAUGAUAUGCAUGUCAUCCACAACAUUCAACUGGACCUGCGGGAGAUAGUGUUCAUCAUCCAGAGUCAAAGCAACUCCUUCCAUGUGAGGCAGGCAGACAGGCUGAGGGCGGAUUUACUGAAGCAGGCACACAGUCUUACAGAGAAACCACCGGUGGUUUUGCUUCUUCACAGUUUAUCUGGUAAUGAGGGAGACUGGAGUAUCCUUCCCCUGCUGCCUUCUUUAUCGUCCUCCUUUGGGAAAAACACAUCAUGGAUUGUAUUUCUUGAGGAGGAAACAAAUGUGAAGAUGACUAAACUUGUUCAAGUCCUUGCAAAGUUUGGCAAGAAUAAAGAGUGGUUUCUUGGUAAGCCUCUCCACGAUGAGGAGUCAACGAUCAUCCAUCACUAUGCCUUUGCUGAGAAUCCCUCCAUCUUUAAAUAUCCAGACUUUGCUGCUGCUUGGGCCUUAAGCACCCCCCUAGUUGUUUACCUCGCAAACAAAGUGAGAGACGAGCCACUUAAAUCUGACUUCACCAUUGACCUAAAACAUGAGAUUGCAUUGUAUAUCUGGGACAAUGGAAAAGGUCCACAUCUCACUCCUGUUCCUGAGCUGUGCACUGACCCAGUGGACUCUCCUCAAGCCCUGUACUGUGCCACCACUGUGGGCAGUAAGCCUCCACUCUGUGGGGAGGCUGUAAAUAAAGGAGAUAUAUUUGUUGCUGUGAAAACAUGUAAGAAGUUUCACAGUGAAAGAGUUCCAGUGAUAAAGAAGACCUGGGAAAAGGAUGCCUUAUAUUUAGAGUACUACAGUGACCAUGGUGAUCCAUCAAUACCAACCAUUAAUUUAGGAGUACCAAAUACUGAAAGAGGCCACUGCGGGAAAACAUUUGCAAUACUUCAAAGAUUUGUAAGCAGCGCUGUCCCAAACACCAAGUGGCUCCUUGUUGUGGAUGAUGACACACUAAUCAGCAUCCCCAGGCUGCAAGUCUUGCUGAGCUGUUACGACCCCUCUGAACCAGUGUAUUUAGGGGAGAGGUACGGUUAUGGUCUGAGCCAAGGUGGCUACAGCUACAUCACAGGAGGUGGAGGGAUGGUGUUCAGUCGGGAGGCUGUGGUCCGACUUCUGAACAGCGGCUGUAAGUGCUACAGCAAUGAUGCGCCAGAUGACAUGGUGCUGGGAAUGUGCUUCAAUGCUCUUGGACUUCCUGUCACGCACAGUCCACUCUUCCACCAGGCACGCCCAGAGGACUAUGCCAGAGACUUCUUAGCUCACCAGGUGCCCAUCUCUUUCCAUAAACACUGGAACAUCGAUCCCAUUGCUGUUUUCAACAAAUGGCUUAAAGAUGACUUUAGGGCAAACCCUUCAAAUGGACUUAAUAAGAGUGAUAAGACUGAGUUAUAAUAAUUUGAAGCACAUGAAGGGCCUGUAUAAAUAUCUUUGUAAGUACAGUGUGUGUGUGUGUGUGUGUGCGUGCAUGGGUGUUUGUGUAUGAGAGAGCGAGUCAUGAAUUAUGGAGCCCUUCACAGAUGUAAAUGUUUUUGUAUUGUUGAUGUUGAGCUUAUUAAGAAGGACCAUGCAAGCAUAUGUCCAUGUCUUAAUAUGUGAGUGUGUAUAUGUGUAUAUUUAUAUCCUAUGAACAAUCUAAACUUUACAGAGGUGCAUAUCUUCUUUUUUGGGAGACACUGUAUCUUUCAAAAAGUAUCACUAAUGCUGUACAAUGUGCUCUAUUUUGGCAUAAAAGUAUAAAAAUUUGAGACUCUUACUUUUUUUAUUCACUGGAGAUCUGUUUGAGGCUUUAGUUUAAGCCAGUAAUCAAUAAAUUAUUAGGCUGUUAAAGGUUAAUUGAGGCUAAGACUAGGAUAGUUAAACAACAGUUUGAACACCGACUGGUGUCUAAAGCAUGCUGAAGCUUUGUAAUUACUCCCAGAAUGUACACAACCCAACAUGUAGUUUCACAAAAGAGUCCAGCUGCUGCUCAGGCAGAUAAACAUUUUACCUUUACUUUAAGCUCACCUCAACACCCUUACUACAGCCACCUAUUUUUCAAGGCUCAAAACAUGGAAGUACCUGCUGCCUUAUAAUGGUCACAAAGGUCUAAACAAAACCUUAGGAUUGCUUCAUAUCAAUUUAACUGAUCUAAUGAAAAUUUGAAAUGUUAUGUGAAAGCUCAUUACUGCCAUUCUGUGAAAUGCACAUUAUAAAUAACAAGCUGUUCCUCUACUCACAGAUGUUUUUGGUGUUGUGUAGCUAAAUUUACACUGUCCUAAUGGAACAACAGGCCAGCUCAAGUCCAUGUAAAGUCUAUUAGCCUCAGGCAACUGACGCAGUGCAAUAAAUCAAGUAGACAUCUAACACACUUAUGAAUGGUAACCUAUUUGAAUGAAACAAGUUUAAUUCCUAGUGGGGCUCACUCAGACAUGGAGUGAUGAGUGGUGGAAAGAUGCUGCUUGGCACUGAGAGAAGUCCUCUGAGGAGGUCCUCACUAUAUGUUUGCUAUGCCAGCAUUUCUAGUGUGUCAGCAACAACAUCCCAGUCAGGCUGGACUUUGGUGUUGAAUUUCAUUCACCCUUCUCCAAAAUAUUGAGGGAGGAGGAUGAGUGUAUAGCUGUAUUUCAUCAAAUGAAGAAUCCUUCAUGUUCUGUCCCGAUAGGAGUCUUGAGUUGUUGCUAGAAUUUCAGAAUGUGCUGCAGCCCCUCAGAGAAAAUUUCACCAGACAUUCAAAGAAAAGUCCCCCCAGAUAUUUUUCAAAGAACUGGAUGGUUAUAAUUUCUUUAGAUCUGUCCACACUGCCAGGCAUAAAAAAAAGCCUUAAGGGGAAAUUCUUUAUUUUUAUAUUUCAUUUUUUUGGCACAGGAUAUGAAAUUAUGAUUUUGAAAAACACCAUGUGUAACUUUGAAUUUUGAACUCCCAUGCAGAUGAAUUCCAGUUGUCGCUGAAGAAAGGAUACAAUACAGUGUCCUCAGCAGAAAGGACUUUAACUUUGUGUCCAAAUGUCUUUAAAACCUCAGCAGCUUCAAACACGGCUCUGAGGAUCAUUUAAGCCACAGAAGGGAUUUUGCAUAUGUUUCAAAAACAUCAGAUGCCUACAAUGCAUUACCUAAUUCCAGUCAUUUGAAUAAUACUUCUCUUGAAAUGUAUGUUCCUUUUCUGUUCUUAUUUGCUAUUUUCUUCUUCUGAUGAUUGGAAUAAGUGUAUGAGAACCAGCGUAGUUCAACUUAUUCUCUGUUUUUGUGCCAAGUCAAAAGGUUGAUUAACUAACAUUAGAAAAAUCUAACCAUGCAGAGUUUGUGUAUUAUGUGCAGAUUUUAAAAUGCCUGCUCACAGCCACUCUAAUACAAUGGUGGUUGUUCGUUUAUAUAUUUACUGUAAAUUCACUGAAAUACACUGAAAAUGCCUCUUUGUCUUUUUCCAGUGCCCUGGUUUUCCUUUGGAACUGUUUUAUACCAAAACAGUAGUCCCAACAAAAAAUGUGGACAGUAUGUUUGUAAUUUGUUUGAACUAGCCCUUUAAAAUAGGGAGAAGUAAAACUGGCUUUGCUCUUACAUUAUUUGGCUUUUUCCUCCAUUUGAAGCAGUUCACUAGAUUCUAUUUGAACUGUUCAGAAAGUUCAGGUUCCCAGUUAAAGUAAGUGGAGAUGUGGGCUCAUAUUGCCAGAUUAUUAUACAGUUUAUUUGAAUAACAGCAUGUGUGAGCCCUGGAGAGUCAUGGCUCGAGAGCCCCUGGAGGGUUUUGGAUUUUCAGCUGGGGCUGUUUUAACAUGUGUUUUCCUCAGAGGGUUCACUGUGCCCAGCUGGGUCUCCAAAAUGGAGUGGAUGAGAACUGCUGCUGUAGUCAAUGUCGUGUCAAAUCUCUCUGACACGCUCAACUCAGCUGAAGCUUUUAGAAUCACUGUUUUCUCACUUAAUGCUAGUCUGUUUUCCAUCCCUUCAGCGAAACAACAGUGGCUUUAGCAAACCAAUUACAAGACUUGAACUUCUUCCCAGUUACAGUAAAUCAUCUCAGGUUAAAAUGCAUACUGGUGAAUCUAUACAACAUAAUGUUCAUAUUUAGCUUUGAUAGCAUCAUGACUCCACAGUAUAUACAAAAGUUCUAUAAAUGUAAAUUUGUCUGUGGUUCCAUUAAUUUUAACCAUUUCUGGCAUUUUGUGACAUGAGUGAAAAAGCAGGGUACUUGUAAAUUAGAAAGACAAAAAAGUCAAACUGAAAUGUAAAUUCUAUCUCCACACAUUUCUACAGUAUGUAUUUUUAAAAACUAUUUGAGUCAAUAAUUCUAAUUUUCUGUCAUAUUGACAGCAUAACUGUAGUUACAUGUGCCAGGCUGAAUCUUUUGGCAAGGAACACAAAGGAAGCACGGUUGUUGCUUUUGUUUGAACAUCAUUUCAGCCAGCUAAGGGGCUUGAAUGCACACAGAUGCAUUCAUAACUUGUGUUAUGUUUUCUGAUUAAUGUGAGACCACUGCCAGUUACACUUUGGCCUUUCUGGCACCACACACACCUACGUGUAAUGCCACAUGUCUGAAAGUUAGCAGUUUGAAAAUAUCUUGUUUUGGCCUGGGGAAAUUUGCCAGAUACCAUCCAAUAAAUGUUGCACUGAUUUUGAACAUUAGGCAUUCAAUAGGUGUUCCUCAGCAGGAGUCAUCUCUAUGUAUGUCUGAUAGGGAUUUAAAAAAAUCAUGAUAAUAAAUGUUGGCAAGCCUGGCAGAUUAAUUAUUUGCUUGUGUAUGUAUAAUUCAGCAGUGCUCUGUAAUGACAAUAUGAUUGUGCUUGUGCAAUUUAGCCUCACAGAAAAAAACAACUCUUUGUCAAAUAUUGAGUUCUUUAAAAAGGCAGAGUAGUUAAUGCAGAAGGUGUUAAACUUGUGUAGAUGUGCUGUUAAAUGGCAGGAUCCACUUAAAGCCAGACCAAGGUCAGGUGUUGAAAUUCAAAAUACCACCCGCCCUUAAACAUCAGUCAUGCAAGAUCGGUUUUAUAGUUAGAUCGAUAGCAAAACAAAUACU